AUGGAGAUGGCUCCAGCUGGACGUCUGAGGGUCGGAAUCAACAUGCGCAACCAGCUCUUGGUAACGGGCAGGACAGCGGGGGGCGAGCCAGAAGGCCUAGCGCCAAGCAUGGCAGCAGCGUUCGCCGAUCGCAUUGGUGUGCCAGUUGAGUUCAUUCCGUACGACUCGCCUGCAAAGCUUGCUGACGAUGCUGCCUUGGACAAGUGGGAUGUUGCAAUGAUCGGGGCAGACCCUGCUCGAGCUGCGUACGUCGACUUCACGGCGCCCUACUGUCAGAUUGAAGCGACCUAUGCCGUAGCUUCCGAUUCCAAGCUUACACAAUGCUCGGACGUGGAUGUGGAAGGCAUUCGAAUUGCAGGAUGUUCCGGAGCUGCCUAUGUCUUGUGGCUGGAACGAAACAUCAAGAACGCGAAAUUGGUCAAGGCAGAUGGCCACGAUGCGACCUAUGACAUAUUCAAGACCGAAAAGUUGGAAGCUUUGGCAGGGCUGAGGUCCAAGCUCACGAAGGAUUUGGUGAAGCUACCUGGGACGCGGAUGCUGCCCGGGAAGUUCAUGGCCGUUGAGCAGGCAGCUUGCACAAAGAAGGGCCGAAACAAAGGCUUUGAGGAGUUGUCCAAGUUCAUAGAGGAAGCCAAGCAAUCCGGGAUGGUGCUGCAGCUGAUGCAGAAGUUUGGUGUCGACACUGAGCUGGUGGUUGCCCCCGCUGCUUGA